AUGACCAGUUCGAAAAGUAAGGAAACUCCUCCUCCACUCUAUCACCAACGUCAAUCUCUAAUGCUCUGUGCUGUCCAUGCAAUCAAUAAUGUUCUUCAACGGGAUGCUGUCACGAAAGCCGAUUUGAACAGGAUUUGCGAGGAGCUCGCACCUGAUUGUUCUCCUCUGAUGAAUCCUCACCGCAAUAUCCUAGGUCUGGGCAAUUUUGACGCCAACGCUUUGAUAGUCGCUCUUCAGCAGACUGGUCAUGAUAUUGUUUGGUUUGACAAACGCACUAGCCUAGCGGAACACCGUCUGGAUUGGAAUAAAAUCGUUGGAUGUAUUCUAAACGCCCGCCGGAAAAGUCUUGCUUCCGUAGGCGGACGGCAUUGGGUGGCCUUCCGUGGGUUUCCAACAUCGGACCCUGACGCAGUAAAUUACUAUGACUUUGACUCUAAAUUGCGACGACCGGUGCUGGUUGCCAGGUCUCAUGCCCAAUUUUCCGAAUACAUUGAGCGACGCCUAAAGGAGUUGCCCGACUCUCAGCUCCUUUUUGUGGUACCUAAGGAGGUGCUUUCCGAUCGAACUUGGCGCUUACCUCCAUCACCAAAGCCUAGGGUUGAGGAGGAGCUGGUCGUGGAGCAGCAUUGCUCCCCUCAUCCAGUCGCAAAGACCAGUUGA